UGCGAUUGCGGCUGCUCCGAUCACUACGGUGGCUCCGAUUACCGCGGUUGCUCCGGUGGCGAGUUGUAGGCAGUUUUGGAAAGCCGGCGACUACGAGGGCGGCGGCAAUGGGGCUAAUCUUUAUGAUGAAGAAAUGGAUCAUGUGAGGGUUCAUCCAAAAUUCUUGCAUUCAAAUGCAACCAGCCAUAAAUGGGCUUUAGGAGCUUUUGCAGAGCUUCUGGACAAUGCCUUAGAUGAGAGUUGCAAUGGAGCCACCUAUUGCGACGUCGACAUAGCAGAGAACACGAAGGACAUGACAAAAAUGGUGGUGGUGCAAGACAACGGCGGCGGCAUGACUCCUAACAAGAUGCGGCAAUGCAUGUCCCUAGGCUAUUCCGCCAAGACCAAAAUCUCGGGCACAAUCGGCCAAUAUGGAAAUGGUUUCAAGACUAGUACAAUGAGGCUUGGGGCUGAUGUCAUUGUCUUCUCGCGCUGUCAAGGGAAGUACGGUGGAAGCUCUACGCAGACCAUUGGCUUGCUAUCCUACUCAUUCUUGCGUGGCACCGGAAAAGAAGACAUUGUUGUUCCCAUGAUUGAUUACGAAAAGAAGGGAGAAGUAUGGAGUCAAUAUGUGAAAUCUUCACCCGAUUGUUGGGACAGAAACCUUGAGACUAUUAUUGAGUGGUCUCCAUAUCAAUCUGAGGGGGAUCUUCUUCAACAGUUCGAUUUCUUGAGCGAGCAAGGAACGCGCAUUGUGAUCUAUAAUCUGUGGGACGACGACUUAGGCUCACGCGAGCUCGAUUUUGACACAGAUCCACAUGACAUUCAACUCCGGGGAGACGAGAGAAACGAGAAGAAGAUCAAGAUGGCGGACACGUACUCGAGCUCUAGCCACUUCCUCACUUACCGCCACUCUCUCAGAAGCUACGCCUCGAUACUGUACCGUAGAUUGCCACCUGGCUUCCGCAUGAUCUUGCGAGGAAAGGAGGUUGAUCAUCAUGAUAUCAUCUCUGAUCUGAUGCUGACUGAGUCCCUCGUCUAUAGGCCUGCCCCUCGCCCCGACACGCCUCCUUCAAGAGAUCCCAAUAUGUCGGCAACGGUGACUCUUGGAUUUGUGAAAGAUGCACAUCACCAUAUUGAUAUUCAAGGCUUCAAUGUGUAUCAUAAAAACAGACUCAUUAAGCCCUUUUGGAGGGUUUGGAAUGCUGCUGGUAGUGAUGGGAGGGGAGUUAUAGGUGUUUUGGAGGCGAAUUUCAUCGAACCAGCACACGAUAAGCAAGGAUUUGAGCGCACGGUUGCACUCUCAAGGCUUGAAAACAGACUAGUCCACUUUCAGAAGAAUUUUUGGUCUACAAAGUGUCAACUCAUUGGCUAUGCCCCGAGGCGCAGUUCCAAGAAUAGCGUUUCUCCUGAUAAGUCCGGCUCUUUUGAAGCCGAGCCAAGAUCAGCAAAGAGGGCUAGUGAUGGCGAUGGUGAGAUGCAGCCAAACCCGAAAAGAGCAAGAGAAGAUGGACCAUCUGCCAAUGGACUUUCGGAUCGAAAGGCACAAUGUAGUACUACUGCUACUGCUACUACUACUAAUACUACUACUCCGCGCCAACAGCCUCAAUCAACACAACAUGAUGUUAAGAUCAAGCCCCUUCCUCGAGUUCAAUCAUGCUCGUUGAGUUCAAGCGGAGACGAAGCAGCCCUUUCCUCGAGUUCGAACAUGGUCUUUGAGUUGAAGCAAGAGAAUCAAGGCUUGAGAGAGAGUUUGGAUAUUAUGGUGCAAGAGUUGCAAAAUGAGAGAGAGAAGUGCAAGUCACUCCAAAAUGAGCUUCAAAAUACAAAAAGGAUGAUUGCUACAAUGGAUCAAGAACAGGAAAUGCUUGUUACUACUUUCGCGGAUGAAAGGAGCCGACGAGAAGAGGAGGAGGAGAAUUUGAGAAGUAGAUUAAAGGAUGCUUCUGACACUAUUCAAUCGUUGCUUAACAAAGUGAAGAAACUGGAGGAAGGAAGAUGCUGAUUAGUCUUUAAAUUGUUAAAACAUUCACCCUCUUGUAAUUGAGUUGUUAACUAGCUAGUAUUAAUUUUUUUUGUUAUGAAGAGAUUAGUCCCCUUUCCGUAAAUGGUAAAUUGUAUUGGAAUGUAAUCCAAUUGAAUUCAAUUCUAACAGUUUUUCGUGAUAAAAA